AAAACAUUUGACAAUCUUUCGCGCAAUUAUGUCAACUUUUAUCGUCUGCAGUGAAAUUAUACCAGAGCACCGGUUCCGGUUGGCGUUGAAAACCACAGCUUUAAGAAAUGGACGACUGUGAACCUGGUGAAUCUGAUGUAAACAAUGUUGAGCAGAUCAGCCAAACUCUAACCAGGACCACUGAGGACGAUUCAAUUUUGAAGGAACGCCUUCAAGAUCUACAUAAAGCCUUACGGGACCCCAUUCCAGACAAACCAACUGCGAAGUUUAUCACAGACAGAGCUCAAGCACUGGUUGAACAGUUGAAUCAGAAGAGAAAGAAUGAUGUACAGCUGAUAGAAAGUUUCAGACAGGCACUUGAAGUUCAGACUGCCUCAGUGGUAGAGAGGAUCCAGCAGCAAUUGUAUGCGGCCUACAGUACCCAGAGUGCACUUGUAGAUCAGAAACUACAUGAACUCUUCACUUGUCUCGAUGACAUCUCUGUCACAGAAGCUGAGCUCGAGAAUUUCAAAAAGUCCCUUAGAAACCUCUAUCAGGAGAUAUAUUCGCAUGGGAGUCCCAGUAAAUCGUGACUGAAUAUAAUAU